GUGCUUUCCAGCCGCGAGCUGUCAGGCGGGUGUCAGGCCCGGCAGGUACGCGGCGCGCUCCCCCGGCGCACCCCGCCUCGGCCGGGACGCCCCCGCACUCCGCCCGAGGCCGCGUGGGCCGGAGAGUCGCCGGGAGAGGCUCACCUGUGCUCCAGCCUAGCCCCUAGACACGAUGUCUGACAGCGAUCUGGGCGAGGAAGAGGGCCUCCUGUCCCUGGCAGGCAAGAGGAAGCGCAGGGGGAACCUGCCCAAGGAGUCGGUGAAGAUCCUCCGCGACUGGCUCUACCUGCACCGCUACAAUGCCUACCCCUCAGAGCAGGAAAAGCUGAGCCUCUCUGGACAGACCAACCUCUCGGUGCUGCAGAUAUGUAACUGGUUCAUCAAUGCCCGGCGGCGCCUGCUUCCAGACAUGCUUCGGAAGGACGGCAAAGACCCUAACCAGUUCACCAUUUCCCGCCGCGGGGGCAAAGCCUCCGAUGUGGCCCUUCCCCGGGGCAGCAGCCCCUCGGUGCUGGCCAUGUCUGUACCAGCCCCGACCAAUGUGCUCUCCUUGUCUGUGUGCUCUGUGCCGCUCCACUCGGGCCAGGGUGAAAAGCCAGCAGCUGUCUUCCCACAGGGGGAGCUGGAGCCUCCAAAGCCCCUAGUCGCCCCUGGCAGCACACUUACCCUGCUGACCAGGGCUGAGGCUGGAAGCCCCACGGGUGGACUCUUUAACACGCCGCCGCCCACGCCCCCAGAACAGGACAAGGAGGACUUCAGCAGCUUCCAGCUGCUAGUGGAGGUGGCACUGCAGAGGGCGGCAGAGAUGGAGCUCCAGAAGCAGCAGGACCCCGCACCCCCAUUGCUGUGUGCUCCCAUCCCUCUGGUCUCUGAGAACCCCAAGUAGGUGUCAGCCACCAGGCAGCUCAGGCCGAGCCCACUGUCCGGGGCUUCCAGUUCCUUCCCUUCCAUACAGAGGGUUUUCCAUGGA